CCCAUCAGCUUUUUGUUGAGGAAAAUGGUAGGUCAUGCAUCAUCUGAUCUACUAAAUACAUGGUUCUUAUAUGCUUUUUCAUUAGCUGGAUAGACAGCACCAUGUGAUGAUCAUUUUCAUGUAGCCAGGCCUAAUCAAAGAAAGCUAUCUAAUAACAAAUUGGGUCAAUUUUCCAUUGCAUCAGAGAAUAUCUAACUAGUGGUUAGUCCUUCUAUAUAAAGCGUUCCUUACCUCUAGUUGUUUCACAAACAAGCACAACUGAUCGAAAACAUUUCAUCUUCAUUUGGAGCAGACCACGUUUUCCUUUCAAAAUUUACAUAGUAUAGAGAAAUGGUGAUCCGUUUGCCUCGUAUGGUUCAAGCAAAGCAGCUCUUGAAGCGGGCUAAUUCCUUCAAAUCCAACAAUGCUACUGCUGCAGAUGUUCCAAAGGGCUGUUGCGCAGUUUAUGUUGGAGAAAGUUAUGAGAAGAAAAGAUAUGUGAUCCCGAUUGCAUACCUGAACCAGCCAUCAUUUCGGGAGUUGUUAAGCCAUGCUGAAGAAGAAUUCGGUUAUGAUCAUCCAAUGGGAGGUUUGACAAUCCCCUGCAGAGAAGAAAUGUUCAUCCAUCUAACUUCGGAUUUGAUUGUGAAAGAAAAUUAGUUCGUAUAGAUACAAUACGUUAGAAUCACUUCGCUGUAACUCGCGAUGUAUAGUGAAGCAAAUUUUUGUAACUUAGAUAAGUUGGGGGGAAAAAGUAAGCUGAAUACUGCAUAUGUACAUACCUACAGUCACUCCUUUGUUAACUACAACAGAAUUCAAUUACAACUACUUAAUUGAAAGUUAAACAUCAUUCUUGAUUCACAU